UUUGUUAUAGCUACACUCCCCAACCAACUUUGGCGUUGUCAUAGCUAGAAUUUAAUUCGAAAACUCGUAUCGAACAAACAAAUUUAAACAUAAAUUUAGUGAUAUUUUCGCUAUAGUUUAUACCAAUUCGAGAGCCAGAGGACAGACAACCGCCUCGCAAUGUCAUUGACUAAGCAGCACACUUAUGCGUCGACGGUGCGCCGCACCAUUGUGGCGCGAGCCAAUCGGCCCAUAAUUAAUCGCAUGUUGCGCUCCGCGCGCAUGGAGUCCGUCACUCAGGCUCUGGUCGCUUACCAGAAGCCCACAGAGGUGAAGCCGAUGGUGCUGCAGAAGGAGCACUCGACCAGCAGUGGCAUGAGCGACUUUUCCAAGCUCAAAGAGCGCAAGGGCCUCGAGGGUAAGGCCUACUGGAACGAGGUGAUCGAUGAGGUGGUGCUGGCUGCGUCAUGCCGCACCCGUCCGCGUAUUCCAGUGGUGGAUUACUCGCUGGUGUUGCCGCCACGACUGCGCGAAAGGGUGAGGCGCAUUCAGGAUUAUGACUUCUCCAAGUCAGAUGAUGAUAUCUACAUACGGGAUGAUAUGCGCGAGGAGCGGCCCGAGGACUAUAUGAGUGCCAGCACCCCAGACAGCGAGGAAGAGGAGGUUCCCGUUCUCAUCAACCUGAAACGCAAAGUGGUCGAAGAGCAGUUCAAUGAGAGCGAACACUCGGAUAUUGUGCGCAUGGAUCAUGAGUUCGAGAAGUUUGAUCUGCGGCUGGACGAGCCCGUGGGCCACAGCUAUCGCACUGUGGACAAGUCCAGCUGGUACGCCAAAUUCCUGUGUACUCCCAGCGACAAGCGUGUCUGCUGGCAGUCUCGCGUGGAGCAUCCCGGCCAGAGUCACUCCUUCUACACUCUUGACGAGCAGGCGGAGGAUCUGAUGGAUGCGUCUGCAGAACGUUUUGUGGAAUGGUUGAACUCCUUUGGCACCAUGGAGAGCAACCUAACGCCCGAGAAGGUCAAGAAUCUGUUCUCCAUCAAGGGAGAUCGCACGCUGUUGGCCUCCGUGAAAACCGAUCCCAAGGAGGUGAAUGCCAUUGCCCAGACUGUGGCCGACAAGUGGAAUAAACCUCAUAUGGCCAUUGAGCUGAAGUAUGAGAAACACAUCAACGAUCAGGCCUCACGCGUAAACAAAGUGCCCAUCAUCAGCGCCUUUGGGCGCACAGUGCCGCUCAAGGAACGGCCGUGGGUGAAACGAUCCAAUGACACGGCCAUCAAGACCGUUUAUCCGGAGGAGCUGUUGACACGCGAGAAGAUCUUCAAGGGCAUCACCCAUCUGCGCAGCACCACGGCACUCAUUGACUUCUAUCUGGCCAAUCCGUCGCUGGAGCGUCCCGACUAUCUGCUCCAGAGCGGUGACUUUGAGGAGUCGAGUGCCAGUGAGUCGGUGGUUGAAGUGCCGCUCUAUGAGCUGCUAGGAUUGCGCUAUUGAUGCUUCAAUUUACUGAUCUUUCGAGUAUAUUUUUAAUAUAAUGUUUAACAACUUAA